ACCUGGGGUGGGGCAGGUUCUUCUUAAAGGGGACAUGACCCCCUUUAAGGACCCCAUGACACUCUUCCAAAGCAGACAGGGAGGAUUGUGGCCAACGAGUCACUUUAGGACACACAUUGGAGUGGUUAUCCAGCUCACAGCCUUUCUCUCUUGGUUACCUGAUGGGCAUAAAAUUUGAGGUGGCCAUCCAUGGUCCCUCACUCCCUGGCCAUAACAACUGACCUAAAAUGUGGGUAAUGACCCAGGCCAGGAAAGUUACAGUCCUUUCCCAGGAAUUGCCAAACUGGAUCUGAGAAAAGGGACUCCUUUCUCUCCAGCUGUGAGUGAGAGCCUGGAUAUUUUGCAGCCUGGUCCAGCUUCCUGGAGAUGGCUAGACUGUGGGAAUGAGCCUGAUACCCAGAGAGAAGCAGGGAGAGAGCUAGACAGAGAAAGAGCUAAGAAUCUUCAGGCUCCUGGUUCCAGCUAUCCCUAAGGUCAGCUCCACCCUGCUCUUCCCAGUUACAUGAGCCAUAAACUCCUUUUGUGCUUAAGAGAAUUAGUGUUGGGUUCCUCGCUCUCGAACACUAUCAGCUGCAUUUCUCUCCAAAAUGCACCCUGAAUCCAACCACUUUUCACCGCCUCUACGGCCGCUGUCCCAGCCCAACACACUACUCUCUCUUGCCUGGAGGAAUCCAACAGCCUCCCUCCUGAUAGGUCUCCCAGCUUCUCUCUUGCUCCCUUGCAAUCCAUUCUGCACCCAACAGGCCAAGUGAUCUUAGAUAAAUGUCAAUCAAAUCAUGUCACUUCCUGCCUAAAACUCUCCAGAGGCUUCUCAUUAUAUCCAAACUCCUUGUCCUGUUUUAUAAGGCCCUGCACGAUCUGCUUCUGUCUACUCUCCAACUAUAUACUGUGCCACUUCCCUCAUCGCUGUGCUUCAGCUACAUUGUCCUUCUUUUUGUUUCUUGAACUCAUUAAGCUCAUUAUUUCUCCAGUGACUUUGCAUCUGCUGUCCCAGCUCUUUCCACGGUUAGCUCCUCGCCAUUCUGUUUUUAACAUAGCAAUGUAGUAGUCAUAGCUCCCCAAUGCCAUCUCUUUAUAUAUCGUUUGGUUGUUUAAAUUAUUCACAGAAAUUGUCACUAGCUGAUAUUAUUUUAUUUAUGUUUUUGCUUACUUUUUUGCUGCCUGUCUAUCCUCCCAGAGGUGAGCUCCAGGAAAGCAGUGUUCUCACCUGUCUUGUUUACCAUGUAUCCACAUAGUAGGUGCUCAAGUCUAGUAUUUAUUGAAUGAAUGAAUGAGUUACUAAAUGAUGAGGGGCUGGAGUUCUGUGGAGGCCCCUAGGUUCCCUGCUGGAUCUCCGUUCCUCUGUACUCUGUUGCUGUUCACAGUGUUGACCAGUGCUUAACUCAGAGGCACUUGCAACUGUCACUUGACCUCACUCAAUCUCAGUUUCCUCAUUUGUGAAACUGGACCCCUACUCCUUGCUGAGCCAACCCCAAGGGUUUUGGGAGAUGCAAGGAGCCAGUGGGUGGAAAAGCCCAGAGCCCACUGAUGAUCAGAAUUGAAUGGGUCUGGCCUGGUUGGGGAAGCCCCUUGCUCCUGCUUCCCUACCAAGCCCUUCCCACUCGAUGCUAUUUGGCCUGGCCUGCUCCCUCCUCUCUGGGUCACUCACACGGUCUCACUUGCCUUGCCUCUCCUGAUGCCUAGCCCUCUAAAGGUCUUAUUUUAUAGCUUCUUGUAAGGAAUCCACAUGAGGCCAUGACCUUCCCUGUGAGAAAGCACAGGCUGUAAAAGUCCUGCUCUGUGGUUAAAUAUUGAUAACACCAGGAAGUAGAGGCCUGGCGUGGUCACGCCACACAUCCUCUUGCAAUGUGGUCCCCCCAGACCAAGGGACCUCCUCAGCCUCUUCCCCUGGGCUGGCACGAGGGUCUGGAUGUUUUCUCUGUACUUGAGGCCAACAUAUAAGAAGGAAAGCAUUGGGCUCCUGGUUCUUUCGGAUUGUGAAAGUCAGGUGGAGCCUGUUUGCCCUCUGAGGCCACUCAUUCAAGAGGUCAGUCACCCCGGAGUGACAGAGAAGUCUCCAGGCAUGGGCGUGUGCUAAGAGCAGAGCUACCAGACGGGCCCAGCUGCCACAGGCCAUGCAGCACUGCCCCCCAGGAUCAGCUGUGUGGAGAGCUCAGGUGCAAAGACCAUCCGGUGCUCCUGUGAGAGGAGGAGGAGGAAGACACAGAAAUCAGUGCUGCUUCCAACAGCAGGCCCCAGAAACCCAGGAUCGAGGGGAUCUUCAGGACUUUGCUCGGGGGCUGGAACCUAGGGAGGCCAGGAGGGCCAGCUGAGGGGCAAAGAAGCCUAAGGACUUCGUUGUCAGAAACGCACACCAACCAGGAGCAGGGGCAUGGACCACAGUGAGGGGGUUACCCUAGACCCAGCUGGCACCGUGGUGCCUCAGGAGCUGCUGGAAGAAAUGCUUUGGUUUUUUCGGGUAGAAGAUGCAACUCCCUGGAAUUGUUCCAUGUUUGCCCUGAUGGGCGUGGUGGUCUCAAUAAGCAUGGUCCUCCUGGGAAGGAGCAUCCAGGCAAACAGAAAUCAAAAGAUGCGGCCACCAGAAAAACAAACUUCAGAAGUCCUAGACUUGGUGGAGGCCGGAAUCAAAGAUGACAACAACCUGAGCAUCCUAAGAGAGACUUUGCUCUCAGAGAAGCCAAAUCUGGCCCAGGUGGAAACUGAGUUAAAAGAGAGAGAUGUGCCAUCAGCUCUCCUUCCAGACCCACAAGAAUCUGAGAGCUAG